AUGUACAUAUUUCUACAUUGCGAUAUUCUCACGGGCUGAACACAUUCGUCACUUGCUUAUGUCAAUCACGUGCAGUAAUCGGCAAUUUCUGUGUGCCCUAGCGCUUAGCGCCCGCCACUAGUUUAUGGUACUUGUGACAUACCUGACAUACAUACCUGUACACCUUCUACUAUAGCACAACCACGGUCAUAUUUUCGUUCUCUUUCAGCUUCAUAUAUCAUGGAAUUUCCGCAGGCUCACAGCCAAGAGCCUAUGAUGGCCAAAGAUCAGCGAUCGUCUCCAGCUCAUAAUGUUAAUGUUGCGCCGCCUCCCAUUCCAUCCUCUGGAUAUCGAAUCCCACUUGCAGAAAAUUCAGCGUUUCCCACCGAUCUGCGUCCUCUUUUUUUCGAUGCUGACGGUGUUUCCCCUGUUUUCAUGGGCAGUGCGAUCUUCCCUGAUUCUGUACAUCCGUGCAAGAUUGUGCCCGCAUUGGAUCCUAAAUGUAUGGUCCCUUAUGGUGGAAGAGAGCACCACCAUCACGGUCGAUAUGACUUGCUGCCAUUGGACUCAAAUACGAUGGAAUUCGUUCGCACUUCGCACGGACAAAUACCCCACGGACGUAGACCCGUUGAAGGCGGAUAUGAAGAAAACGGUAGCAAGCUAUAUCAUGGAAUUGCCACCGUAAAUGGCGUACAAGUUCCUGGAAAGACUGGGCUUCAUCUCGGUGGUUGUAAUGUUUCCUUUGCUGGAGGGGAACAUGUCAUUCAUGAAAACUACGAUAUCUUAUGUUGGAAAUUCUAGUUCUAUGAGUCUUUGACACCUCACAUCUGACCACGGAAAGCAGUGGCAAGCAUGCCAAAUCCAAAUGUUGUAUUAUACGAGGUAAUAAGAAUAUGCAACAUGAUACAGUGUACAAUAUGUAGAUGUCUGAACAAAAUGGUUUAUUU